AUGGAGAAAAAGGCAGGGGAGGAGGGCUACAGGCCAAGGGUAGAGGAAGUAGGGCUCACCUCGACAGUGCUCUACUCAACUCAAGGCCUGCAGUCCGUCGUCUCCUCCUCGGGCAGCUGGUCCAGGUCGGUCUGUGGACUCAGGUCAGGCCGUGGUCAAACCACUGUUACCCUUCCUUCUUCCCCAGUCCUUCUGGUACCGGCUUAGUCCGCUGGACCAAGGAGGCAGUGCCUGCCGUGGUCAAGCCACUGUUACUGUUUCCUGUUCCAAAGAAAAGGAUAGUGAGAAGAGAGGGUAGAGAGAGGGACACAACCCCAGAAAAUCUCCAGCACACAGGCAUGUGAGUAAUGAAGAGAAGUGAGCUUUUAAUCACCUGCAACCUGCAUUGAGAAUGACUGCCAGUGUAGGGAAGGUUGGAUUAUUGAGACUACCUAAAUAAUAUAAAGUGGAACAGCCGUCUCAGUAACGGGUGCAAUAAAUCCAACAACUAACCAAUUGGAUUAGUUUAGAAAAAGGUGUGUUAUUUAUGUUUGUGUAACAUAAGAUUAAUCAACCAGUCAAUGUACAUCAACAACACAGGUAUUGAAACAAUUCUGAAAAUCAACCUGCAAUAGAGCAUGCUGGGAAAUAUGAUAGUGAUGGUAUGGUUUUGAGCAAACAUGACUUUGUAAUUUUACUCAACAAGCUUGUUAAAAUUCAGCGCACUUCGAGCAGAGUUUGUUGCGUAAAUUUGACAUUUUAGUAAUUUAGCAGACACUCUUAUCCAGAGUGACUUACAAGAGCAAUUAGGGUUAAGUGCCUUCCUCAAGGGCGCAUCGACAGAUUUUUCACCUCGCGGAUUCGAACCAGCGACCUUUCAGUUACUGGUCCAAUGCACUUUAACCGCUAGGCUACCUGCCGCCCCAUACAUAUGUAUAGAUUGCAAUUAAUUACUGCUACAAUGCUAUUUGGGUUGUUAAUCAGAUUCGUCCUGCCGUUCUUGUUUUCUUGACUUUUUUGUAUAUAUUUUUGUCUUCAAUUGUAAUUGUUUGACGUUUUACUGUAUUUUUAGGAGCUAGUAACAUAAGCAUUUCGCUGCACCUGCUAUAACACCUGCUAUAACACCUGCUAAACUGUGUAUGCGACCAAUAAACUUUGAUUUGAUUUUAACACAUAAGUUCAAAUCCUCGUCUUUUUAAAGUCCACUCAACUCACAUAAUAACGCUGAUUAAGCCAUUGGUUAAGUUGGCUUUUUUACAGUGCAUGCAAUUACAGUAAAAUACAAACCCCAAUCUCCUGUCAAUUUAUUUAAUUAAUUAAUUGAUUACAUUUACAAUAGAAUUUACUUUUUUUUUACAGAAUAAUACUGUGUCAUUGGUUACUGUACUUACUUACCACUAGCUGCCUGUAAGUUACUGUCAAAUUCACGGCAACCCCUUUACAGUGUAAAUUGCAUCUUCGAUCCUUGAAUUGAAUUUCAAUGAAUCUCCUGAAUUGUAGUGGGGUUGAACCCAAACCUGUGUGUUACACCGGCAGCUUGACCUUAGGAUCCGACUGUUAACCUUUUUCUCUCUUUGCACUCACAGGUUUUCACUGGUAUCUUUGCUGGUGAGAUGUUUGCCAAGCUGGCUGCCAUGGAUCCAUACUACUACUUCCAGGAGGGCUGGAAUUGUUUUGACAGCUUCAUCGUGACCCUCAGUUUAGUCGAGCUGGUAUUGGCUGAUAUUGAGGGUCUGUCUGUGCUCAGGUCAUUCCGAUUGGUGAGUAAGAAAAGGUGUGGAUUGGAAUGAGGGACCGUAUUGAUAACCCUCUAUGGUGCUGAUGUCCAGACAAUUCACAGCAGGUGGGGGAAAGGGUUCACUCUACAGAGUUAGCUUGACAUGACUAAUGCCCAAAUACUCAUACAGUAUGAUCAACAUUUAUUGAAACUUAAACCCCCCCCCCCCCCCAUUCAAUACUGUCUCCCCCCCCUCCCUUCCCCCCCUGUCUCUUGUCUAGCUGAGAGUGUUCAAGCUGGCCAAGUCGUGGCCCACACUCAACAUGCUGAUCAAAAUCAUUCAUUCUUCUGUGGGAGCCCUGGGAAACUUGACCUUGGUGCUGGCCCUUAUCGUCUUCAUCUUCGCCGUGGUUGGCAUGCAACUGUUUGGAAAGAACUACAAGGACUGUGUUUGUAAGAUCGCUAUAAGCUGUAAGCUGCCCCGUUGGCACAUGAACGACUUCUUUCACUCAUUUCUCAUGGUGUUUCGAGUUCUGUGUGGGGAGUGGAUCGAGUCCAUGUGGGACUGCAUGGAGGUGGCCGGCCAGAACAUGUGCAUGAUCGUCUUCUUGAUGGUCAUGGUCAUAGGCAACUUGGUGGUAAGAAAAAUAACCAUUGAAAUAUGGGAUAGACUAUAAGGACACAGCUGAUGCUUAAACCGACUAGCAAAAAACUAAAACGAACCCUUACCUUAACUCUAACCUUAAGCAAAUCCUUAACCCUGACCAUAACCCUAACCUAAUUUGAUACAAUUCUGAAUUGAAAUAUCGGUUUGGGCGUCAGUUGUGUCCUAAUAGCCUUUUCCUUGAAUUAUCCAUAUUCGAGUAUCAGUUUCUUGCAUACCCUACCUUUGAAGAUCAGGCCUCUCUUUACUUAGUAAACUAUGGUUUGUGCAUUAGCAUUUUGGUCUGGUUAAGCCUGAUGUCAGUUAGUUAGCGGUUAGUGACACAUCUGCUAAGACCUUCUCUCUGUGCACGGCCCUCUCCCCAGGUGUUGAACCUGUUCCUUGCCUUGUUGCUGAGCUCGUUCAGCGCAGACAACCUGGCACCCUCGGACGAUGAUGGAGAACAGAACAACCUGCAAAUAGCCGUCGGUCGAAUAAAGACGGGGAUUGCCUGGGCCAAGGUCUUUGUAGCCGAGGUUAUGAAAAAGGUACACUGUGAUGUUAUGUUCUCUAUGUUCUGUUAUGUAUGACAUCACUCUGAUGUCAUUGUGGUAUUGUUUCUGUGUUGUUUUUACACCAAGACAAACCCCUGUCACAAUGUACUUGAUUGCCAGUAGUUUCUUCCUGACUGAUUUUAAAUAUAAUUCUGAUUGUGAGGAGGAGGAAGAAGCAGAGGACGAGCAGAAGCCUCUUGAUGAGUUUGACGAGAAGCUUAACUGCAUCGCGAACCAGAAGGGCAUAGACAUCAACCGCGAGCUGGACUACAUCAACGGUACUACCAGCGGCAUCGGCAGCAGCGUGGGCAAGUACAUGAUCGACGAGGACCAUAUGUCCUUCAUCCACAAUCCCAACCUGACCGUGUGCGUUCCCAUUGCGGUCGGGGAGUCAGACUUCGAUAACCUCAACACUGAGGACUUCAGCAGCGAGUCGGACGCGGAGAACAGCAAAGACGUGAGUAUGGAGGGCUGGGAGUGAUAUAUUCUUUGUUUGUUAUUUAAAUAUAGAAAUGUAUACUUUUGGGUGGGGGCAUAGGGUUAUAUAAGGGGUGAGGAGGGUGGUUCAUCAGAAAAUGGGGCAGGGUGUUUUGGGUGCUUGGUUGGGUGGAAGGUUUUAUGAAGUUUUGUUGGAGAUUUAGGAUAAGUUGUGAAUUGAGUUGUUGAGACUUGAUCAAAUGAAGUGGUUCAUCAUUCUCUGUGAAUUGGAGUGAUGCGUUAGCAUCCACUCCUCUAAGAUUGCUCAUACUUCUGACUUCUUAGAAGUUGUUUGUAGGUUUUCCCAGAAUCUAAAUAAAUUAGCUAGCUUCACUACAUAGCCGCAAAACUGACAAACAUUCAUUCUCAAAAACGACUUCAUUUCAAAGGAGUGCUAUACUGCACAUGUGCAGUUCGGUGCAGCUCGUUAACUUGAGGUGAUCACGUGUUUCUUCAUAGCUAGCUUGGUGGCCAUGACACUGCUAGUUAGCGUGAUCAGGGGUUUGUAUUGGAAUGGCCGUUAGAAAUGCCUCUUUCUGUAGCUAAACCUCAACUAACUUAACAUGUUUCAUAGCUAAACCAACUAGUUAGUUAGCUAACUGCACAACUAACACAAUGUAUUUUUCAAACCUAGACAGCUAGCUACUGAAACAAAUGCAAACGAAUCUGUAACUCAAAUCAGAAAUCAGAACAGUAAUAGCUUAUACCGAUCAAAAGAUACAGCUAUUUUAGUAAUCACAUAGUCUUUCACAAGUUGAACCGUCGCUAAUGUGUUUGCCUUUAUCCGUCACCAACUCUCCUGAUGAGCAGAAGGAGGUAAUGUAUACGCCUUUGUUAGCAAAUGCAAGCUACAAUAAGCCAAUGAUGAGACUGUGAUCAUAGAAAUAGAACUCCUAGAAGUGGAAUUGCCCACUGGGCCAUGGCAUUUUGACUUCCCCCUCAUGGGUACACUCAAUAUGGCUGACAUGGUAUGCUGAAUUUCCACGUUAACAUGGAAUGUUCAUUCAAAUGAUGAUGUGGCUUUGUAAUGUCAAUUGUGUUGACUGUGAAUAAAGCACAAAUUGAACAGUGUACUUCCAGCUUUAUUUUCUGAUCAUGGGUACACUCAAAAUGGCCGCCGGUCUGCCAUCACUGACCCAUUGACUUGAAUAGGGAUGUCCAUUCUAGGAAUUAUAUUUCUAUGAUUGACUUUGAAGGUAAUGUAUAGCUACAUUUAUGUUAGCUAAUACAAGCUACAACAUGCCAAUGAUGAGAAAGACUGACUUUGUGACUAAAUAGGAUUUAGCUAGGUGUGUCAACAAAGUGCUUACUUUCACUUGCGCAUCUUCCUAGAAAUAGUUAAACUCCUGAAAACAAAUGAAUCCCAGCAAAUAUUUAUUCCUUAUAGCAAAACCUCAUGCCUCAAGCUCAUUAGUGUGCUUGCUCCCUCUACUAACCACUAUUGUUAUCCAGCAUAUUCCUUUUAAUUCACGUGCUUGCUUCAGUAAGACCACUACAGUUAAAUAGCUGAUGCAAUCGCUCAAAUUGUCUUUAGGAAAUGUACCUUUUCUAGUUAUAAAUGAAGCAUGAUGCUUUGCAGAGUAGCCAAAUACAUGCCGAGGCUCUUGAGAUUGCAGUCAAUGUAGUAGAUGAUGUAAUGGCUUAGAGUGUGUGUGUGUGUGUGUGUGUAUGUGUGUGUAUGUGUGUAUGCAAUGCAUGUCUUUUUAUCCACUCAUCAAUACUGGACUGAGCAGUGAACACAGAGCAGUGAACACAGAGGGGUGAACACAGAGGGGUGAACACAGGAGACCAUCAGAUGGCCUGACGUUUCAGAACAUUUGUUUAGACAUGGCAGUACCACUGACUCUGCAGACUGACAGUCAGACAGAUCGACACUGCUUUGUGUCUGUGAACGUGUGGGAAAGGUCCUCCUCACUUGUACAGUAUGUGGAUAUGUUGGGGAGCUCUGAUGUUUUGGUCACCUUGACCUGGUUUGCAGGGGGAGGGCAUGCAGCAACUCCCUGUCUCCACCAACCACACGGCAGGCUAUCCUGCAGCUAAGCCUGUAACAGCCCAGCCCUGCAACAAUUGGACGGACACAGAGCCCCUGUCAGCCAAUCAGGGUCUGUCUGUCUGUCUGUCUGUGUGUGUGUGUGUGUGUGUGUGUGUGUGUGUGUGUGUGUGUGUGUGUGUGUGUGUGUUGUGUGUGUGUGUGUGUGUGUGUGUGUGAGUGUGAGUGUGAGUGUGAGUGUGAGUGUGAGUGUGAGAGAGGAGAGAGAUGAGAGAGAGAGAGAGAGAGAGAGAGAGAGAGAGAGGAGAGAGAGAGAGAGAGAGAGAGAGAGAGAGAGAGAGAGAGAGAGAGAGAGAGAGAGAGAGCAGUCCUUCUGCUGAAGAUUCAGGAUUCUAAAGUGCAGCGUCAUUCUUCCGUGAAUUGGAUUGCCUCUGUGGGUGUAUGUAUGUGCGUGAAUGCUUGUAUGUCCUUGUUCACCUUGAGUUAUCGUUCAGCUGUGAGAUUAUUUAUUAGGUUGGCUAGACCAGGCAUAUACUGUAUGUCUGUUUAAACGUCUCUACCUAAGCUGUUCGAGAUCAGCCUCAACACAUUUACAUUUUAGGUCUGUCGUAGGCCUAUGUGUUGAGUCCUCUCUCCAUAACCAUUUCUCUUUAAUCAGAUCAAAUAAUGCUUUGGUAAUUGUGGUCGUUUGUAGCUGGACUGUUGUAUUUAAGAAUAGGCAUUUCUUCUGAGAGUCUGUGAGUAUCAUUACCAUGAAUUUAAAAGCCCAGGCAUAUAUGUUUAGGCAAUCCUUCCCCCACCUCACUUUAAUUAACAUGUUUAUCAUAUCAAUUCCCCUCUUGAGUGUCAUAUGUUUAUGUUCUCUGUGUAGAGUAAAGGCUUUUACCAUUGGAUCUAAUGCUGUAGUCUCUAUUUCCAUAAAGAUACCUAGCAACAAAUCAUGCAUCACUGUCAAAUCUGCAAAUGCAUAUUUAUCAGUGACCAGCCCUAUUAAUGUAAUCAAUCAGCAGCCAAGAUGAAUGACUAGCUAGCUAGUUAAUGUUGCUAUUACCCACACCUCCAUGGUUGGAAUGCAAGAGAAUGUGUUAAACAUGCAGACAACAUGUAACAUCUAACCUACAACUGCGACACAGAGUUUUUCCUGGUUAGGUUACGUUGCCUUUAAAUCAUGAUGCGUAUGAUAUACUGUAUCCACAGAAAGGGUGAGCGGGUGACUAGUGGAUGCUUUUGUAGGCAGUGGGUACCACUAUGCAGUAUCUUUGUACAUACUAGCUCAUAACACCACCGAAUGUUCUGUGAUGUUAGGAAUUUGAUUUGAGGUUCCUCCUCUUCUAUAUCUGUCUGACCCUCUCUCCUGUUGUCUGUCUCAGCUGGAUGACACCAGCUCUUCGGAGGGCAGCACCAUAGACAUCAAGCUUGACGUGGAGGAGGUGGUGGUGGUGGAGGUUGUGGAGGAGUUCUUGGACCCAGACGCCUGCUGGACAGAUGGUAACUAAGAACCCACAGAGAGACACAGGCUUCAGUCUGGCCACAAUAGCACUUAGCAUUUCAUUUAUGCUAACUGAUUUAAAUGUAAGCCAUGCCAAGUGUGGGUCUGUGAGUGUGUCCUCAUCUCCAGUCUGUAUGGCAUAAUGAGGGCAUUUUGUGUGCUUGUGUAGUCAAUAGUGUGUACAUACCCUUAAUGUAUGCAUCUGUGUCAGUAACAGUGUGUGUGUGCCCUCUCUUCCAGAAUGUGUUGCCAAGUAUACGUUUUUAUACUUGCCCAUCGACCAUGGCUGGGGAAAGCACUGGUGGUUCCUGAGGAAGACAAGCUACCUGAUCGUGGAGCACAACUGGUUUGAGACUGUCAUCAUCUUCAUGAUCCUGCUCAGUAGCGGGGCGUUGGUAAGAAGGCACACACAGUUCACCUCAUACUACACCAUUACGUACUGUCUUACAGUAAACCUUAUCAGUUCUGACAGAAUGUACUGAAAUUGAAUAAUUAAAUCAAUAAAUAUUUUAUUCCCCCUUCUUAGCGAGAUCAUUACUUUUGCCUUUCUUCUGCGACUGUUGCUAAUGGGCAACAAAGUGCUGUAAUGCACCAGCCUUUUAACGAAAGGAAUCCAGCUUAGGUUGCAGCUUUCUAGGAGACUGUAGCCAAAUGGUGAUUCAGAACACUUACGUGUUCAGGAAUGGACAAAGGGAUAUGGGAUAGUGGGUCUGAGGGGACUAUUAACCCUAAAGUACAGAGAGAGCCUGUUCCAUCACAUACAGUAGCCUACCUCCUCUUUCACUGCUGUGGGCGCUGACUAUGUAAACACCACGCAUUCUGAGAGGAUUCAAUACAUUGUUGUAUCAGAGAGAAUUCUAAAUUCACAUUCACAAAGUUUACCAUGAACGUAGGGCAGUAUCAACUUUAGCACAGUUGAAUCCCAAGACGUUAAAGACGCAAUCAGUAAGUUAAAUUGCUGUAGAGAAAAAAAUACUGUAUUUAAAAAAGCCACCGUAACACUUUUUGGAGGACUGAGAAAGAAUGGUCUUUGCUAAUGUUCCCCAUUGCACCUUUAACGUUUUCAGAUAAUUAAUAUUUCAGCAGGAAAAGCAAAUGUCAAAACUAUCUAAAACAUCUUUAACCAUAGAAAGGGUCAGGAGUUUUUCACAUGGCCAGGAAAAACUCAGAGGCAUAAUCAAAAGACAAGACGUCCAGUCAUGUCAGUUUUCUUUAACAUGCUGGUGUUCUGUUCCCCCCCCAGGCCUUUGAGGAUGUGUACAUAAAUAAGAGGAAGACAAUCAAGAUCAUCCUGGAGUACGCAGACAGCGUGUUCACCUAUAUCUUCAUCCUGGAGAUGGUGCUCAAAUGGGUGGCCUAUGGCUGGGUCAAAUACUUCACCAACGCCUGGUGUUGGCUGGACUUCUUCAUUGUGGAUGUAAGUAACUUCUCCAACUGACUCUAUGUUACUUCCUGCCCCCUCUUAGGAUUUUCCCCCUCUUCUUUUGUGCUGGUCUCUCUUUCAAUCUCUUUUUAUCUCUCUUGCUUUGUCUUCUUGAUGUUCUUCUUCUCUGGCUAUCUUUUGUCUCUUGCUCUUCUCUCUCUCUGUCAGUCUUCAUUUUAUGAGAGAUGAUGAGCUUUAGUGUCCUCCUCCCAUGUUGGAUGCUGUUUCCCUUCAAGCAUACUGUAGCUGUAACUAGUGUAACUAGAUGACUCUUUGUUCCUGAUCUGAGACAACUUUGAUAAUAAGGGACUUUAAUAUCUCAAUUGACGAUGCUGCAGUAUGGCCAUUGAGCACUGAUCGCAGAUUCUGGGUUAUGGACAGGACACAAAUCAUUGAACAUUUAGCCCUUCUUUCAUAAAUAUACUCUGUAGAGGAGAGUGGGGUAAGUUAAGCCGCCUACUUUUUAAAACCAUGUCUAUCUUUAUUUCCCAAACACAAUUCAACACAAUCACAAUCGCUUUUUUGUUUUUAUAAUAAUUCUAAGCAUCUUUUAACACAGGCUUAACACCUAACAAACCAUUUUUGAACACAUUUUAUUUACACUUUUAACAUAGGCCAGUUGUUACGUCAUAUCCCAGCGAUAAUGCCUUGCAUUAUGCCGGGGAAGAAAACAUUUUAAUUUGCUCAACUUGCCAUUGGCUCAACUUACCCCAUGGCUAUUGGCUCAACUUACCUCAAGGCAAACAUUUUGACUAUAUUAGCCCACACAGCUACAAGAAUGCACUUUCAUGCUAGGUUUAGAACCUCAUAUUGAAGCUUAUAGAGACCCCAACUGAUGUAUAGAACAAUCUUUAAAUUAUUUACUUUGGUUUAGAUACAAGCAUCCUGAAACCGCUAACACAAUAAAUUCAUUUGACUUAGUGAAAAUCAGUUUUUCUUCCUUCACAGACUCCAUUAAAUAUUGACCUCUUCUUAAAUAUUUGGUGAAAUGAUACAUUUUGUGUAUGGUUUCCUAUAAACAAGGGUGGCUCAACUUACCCCUUUGUCUGAAUCUCCUCUACAGUAUGUAACUAAAACAUUGUCAAUUUGGCUGAUUCGUCUACAAAAUUUGACCAAUCAUUUAAGUGCAUUUAAGUUUAUUUAAUUGAAUGCUCUGCUUAGUCUCCAGCUGAAAUGUUGAAAGGCCUGGCAUCAUUCAUUGCUAUUGUGGCCUUUCUCACCGUGUCUCUCUACCCUGUUUAAUUAACUCUAUGGGCUAGUGUGUUAUCUGUUGCUGUGGAAUUGACUUAAAUGCCUGUCUUGUCGUUGCUGUGAGUGAACUGCUGUAAUAUUACAGCCUAGGAUGGGAGUUGUGGUAUUAAAAGUGAGUCAACAAUGUGGUUUACAGUAGCACUUUACUAUGUAAACAACAAAGGGCAACCACAAUGUGCAUAUAGGUGAUAGUGGGGGGGGGCAUAUACACAUAUACAGGGGUGGGGGGGAGUGGUGACAGGCAGGACGAGUGACAUAGACAGUCCCAAAAAAUUGACAUUUUUAAGGUUUACAUUUCACACAUCGUAAUGCCACACAAGCUCUCUUCAGUUUUGGUGUUCCAGUGUGGGGGGUUUUCAUCCAGUCUAGCUUUGCCCAGUAACAUUAUUCUACUGUUGUGUAAAGAAGGCUGUGGUGACUGUAUCUUCCCCUGUCUCUGGAAGAGCAAUUGUAAAGUUAUCUUUUUCCCCUUGACCUGUCCUGUUGGAUGUGUUGUGUUGGGUCAUGCGAUGGCUGGUAAGUCAGGCCAUGACUUCUGAGUCAAUCAUUAAACUGCAUUAUAAACGUACACUACAUGACCAAAUGUAUGUGGACACCUGCUUGUCAAACAUCCAAAAUCAUGGGCAUUAAUAUGGAGUUGGUCCCCCCUUUGCUGCUAUAACAGCCUCCACUCUUCUGGGAAGGCUUUCCACUAGAUGUUGGAACAUUGCUGCUGAAACUGUCCCGUUUCUCAAAGGCCAUCCAACAGUCCAGAGUCCUCUGCCAUUUGAUGAGGAAUACAAACAGUAUAACAUGAUGUUUGCCCUUGACCCAACCCCCACCCUGCCAGUAUCACAUUAUCAUGAAUGGUCAUGGGAGACAGAGGGGAAGUUUUAUAACAGGUGUGGUGUCCCAUGGUCUCUUUGCCUCUCUGGCUCCUUGCUCCUCUCUGUCUUGUAACUACUCUACGCUGUGUCAAACCACAUCUUGGGUCCCUUGGGUCUCCUUAUGUAGGCUAUGGCUCCCUCAAGAGUAACAUUUUUGGUCUAGAAUAGAAUGAAAUGUAAGUAUGAGAUGGCUCAGGCAUGUGCUCAUUCAACCUGUACCUUCUCUCGCAGGUACCUGUAACAGUGUCUCUCUUUAAAUUAAAAGGGAUGUUGUACUGCAGUCGAGAGGCUUGGGGGCUGGUAGUUGAGAGGCCAGGGUAAGGUUCUUGUGGUUUUGUCUCGGGACUCUCCCUUUCACAGGUUGUCCUCUCUCCUACUCGUCCCCACAGCCGCCCUCACCCUCCUGGCUCCCAUCUCCAUUCUUAUACUCAACUGGUACUUUGUGAAUUGUGUGAAUAGUGUGCGUGUACUGUGUCAUAUUGAGUUUAUAUUUGUGAAUGCCUUUCUCCUCUCAAAUGUCCCCUGUUUGAUUUUGCUACCUCUUUUUCUCUCUUCCCUUAUUUUCCCCCUAUUUUUCUGUCAACCACGUGUUUCUAACCAGGUAUACUGUAGAGCCUUUUUUCAAGCUUCACCUGCCUUACAAACUAAACCAAAACAAACCCCCUAAAUAUCCAGAAAAUACCUGGGGCACCUACUAUUCCUUGAACUCUGCAUAAGUUUUAACCGCUGCUAAACGUUACUCUCUUUAUAUACAGUAUGUGUACAUAUACAUACAUACAUACAUACAUAAACAUUCAUAUAUAUGUAUAAAUAUCUGUAUGUUAUUAAUUUUCUCCAGCACAUUGGUCCAUCUAUCUCUGUUACCAAUUCUAACUGUUUGGACCCUCUCUCUUCCUCUCUCUCUCUCUCUCUGUGUAUAGGUGUCUAUAAUCACUCUUAUAGCUAAUGCGAUGGGCUACUCCGAUCUAGGGCCCGUUAAAUCACUACGGACAUUGAGGGCCUUGAGGCCCCUUAGGGCCCUAUCUCGUUUUGAAGGGAUGAGGGUAAGAUCUAAAACACCAUGCAGCUGGUCCAUCUGCAUGUCCAUUCAUUAGUUACAGCACCAAUGCAUGCUAUAAUGAACUAGAAAACAAAAAGAAAGAAAAGCCAAAUGGGGCAUUUAAGAAAUAAAAAUAUGAAAUGUAACACAAUUCUGCCCAAAAGGAAAAUGCAUGCAAAAUACUACCCAUGCUCAUCUAUGACACGCUAUUUGCAUGAAAAUAUAAUUUCAGAAAGUCAUGAUGCAGCUGAUAUGAAAACAAUGAUUAUCUAAAAUAUGGAUCAAGUAUCCAUUUGAAAGCAAUUUCUGGUUAAUUGUAAUGUUAAAAUGUUGAUUGGUAAAAUGGCAAUAUGUUGCAACGCUGCCUCAUCACAAUGUCAAAACAGAGUAUAAAUUUGGAACUUGUGAAAGAAGACUGGAGAAUGAAGUCACUCAUCCCAUAUGAAUGAGAUGUCAUUUUUAACUGAAAUUGUACUCAUUUUAGAGCCUUCACUUCUACUAUCGAGGUCUUUCAAGCAAGAGAUCCUCCCUGUACCCUUUUCCUUCAACUACUGUUUCACGCGUCUCACUCAAACCUUCCAAUGUAACACAUGACUUACAAGAAUCACCCCAGCGAACAUGACCCCAUUGGCCCCAUGUGGGUAUUCAGUGGGCAAGGUGGGCAUGGGCUAGCCCACACCAGCCCAACACGGGCUAGCCAUCACCAGCCCAACAAAGGCUAGCCCAAACGAAUCCCUCACCAGCCCGACAUCACAGAGUUUUCAAACCCAGAGGCCAAACAGGCCAAUACUUCUGGGAGCGCCUCUCGAAGCAGACUCGACAGACCAGACUGGGGUUUAGGAUGUCAAUGAGAGAAGUGAAAAAUUCAUCCUUAGUUGUUCAUUUUUUUUAUUGAUUUCUAAAAAACGUAUUAAAGUAGCUGAACAAUCUUGUGGAAGUGACAAACUGACACAUUAAAAUAUUGGUCAAAAACAACUUUAUAUCGAAGGAGUGCCUUUGAUUUGACGGCUUGCACAUGCGCAGCUUGGCGCAACACGACCAUUAGACCCGAUGACGUGUUUCUAUUGGAGAAGCUGUUUCUGGGCAUCUUCAUACUAAACCAUCUUUGCCGACAUGGGCCAGCCAUCACCAGUCCAACACAGGCUAGCCCACACCAAGCCCACAUCAGCCCAACACAGGCCAGCCUACACCAGCCCAACACAGGCUAGCCCACACCAAGCCUACCCCAGCCCAACAUGGGCUAGCCCACACCAAGCCCAGCACGGGCUAGCCCACACCAAGCCCAGCACGGGCUAGCCCACACCAAGCCCAGCACGGGCUAGCCCACACCAAGCCCAGCACGGGCUAGCCCACACCAGCUACUUCAUAACGUAGAGGCGGGGGCUCAUUAGAAUAUUUGUGGGCGUGGUGUGCACACAGUUCUUUUUGUGCAACCAUUACUGAGUGUCAUUCCAGUUUAAGGAUUGCAUUGUGUGAUGCCCCAAAAAAGUAUUGACUUGUACACUGCCAAUGAAGAAGUGUUUAAAAAAGAAGAAAAAAGUACAUGUUGCAUAUAAGAAAAAUAUAUGUAUGAUAGUAACAACUUGGUUGUCUACAAUGUAACACAUUUGCUAAAUACCUUUAAGGCUGGAAAAUUAUACCAUUUAUUUAAAGCUACAAUAUGUAACCUUUUAGGCGACCCGACCAAAUUCACUGAGAAAUGUGAGUUAUAGAUCUGUCAUUCCCGUUGUGUGCUAUUUCUAUGCUUCCCGUUCGGAACUUUCGGUUUUGUACAUCAGCUUGAAACAGCUGAAUAUACAAUAUUUUUGGUUAUGGAAAAUAUAGUUCACAGCGGUUUAGAUGGUACAAUGAUUCUCUAUACAAUGACUGCUUGUUUUGUCACAUAAACUGAAAUUAGGUGAACUAUUAUAAUUUUUGCAACCAGGAAAUGGCAGUCUGAUUUCUGCAUAGUGCAUCUUUAAGUAAAUAAGUUACAUUUGAAUAAAUAAAUAAUAAAUAAAUGGGGCCACCUGCCCUGGGGCCAAUGUGGAGCCGAUGAGCAAAGGCACAUUGGCUCAGUUUGGGCAGCCUACAGGGGGCCAAUAGCUUAGCCCGCAUAGGGCCCACAUCGUACCAAUGUGGGCAUGUUUACUGGUACCAGUUUCCACAGAAAACAGAAUGUGUAAGCUGAGCCAUUGGGCAGGGCUUAUUUGUUGAAGCUUUGGCAUGUGACACUGACACAAAGUAAGACGCAUAGUAGCAUUUCUCACAGUUUAAUAUACCACAGUCUCAUAUUGGUUUUGAACUUCAGGUAGUAUCAUCAGUCAAUUUCCUUUGAUGGCUUUUACCACUUGUUGUUAUUCUUGGAAAUGUUGGUCUUGUCUCCUCUCCGACUUGUAAUUCCUCCACAACCACCCAUAUGUACAACUCUGCCUACUGUUCUCCCCACCUCCCCAGUUAUGUCAUGUCACCAGAGUUUGGUGAAGUACUGUAUAUCAAGCAUCAGAAUUACUGUUUUUGUCUGGACUUCAACUAGCUGUAGUGGUGUGUUGCAAAACGUAUUUAGCGGGUAUAUAUUUUUGCAGAAUUAACUAUCUACAGUAUAAAGAACAGGGGCAAGCAAAGCCCUAGAAACGUAACUCUUAUUCCUGCCGCUUGAUAUAUGCAUCUAAUGUCUAAGGGCUCUAUUAAAUCUGUAUCGCUGAACCCGCGUUACCGUAUUUGAACUUUAAAGGCACUGUUCCUGCGUUAGAGGAGACUGCAUUCACGGAAAAUGCUGCAUAUGUCAGCUUAAUCGGAAAAUACCUUUAAAUUCCCACAGGGGGACAGUACGAAAAAAUAUAAUUUAACAAAAAAAUAAAAAAUGUAUGCACUCACUCUGGAUAAGAGCGUCUGCUAAAUGACGUAAAUGUAAAUGAUCUAUCAUGCAAUCUGUAAAGCUUCAGCGAUACAGUUUGAAUAGAGCCCUCAACCUCCAUAAUACAGGAUCAUUGUGCUAUUAUUUUUAUUUCACCUUUAUUUAACCAGGUAAGCCAGUUGAGAACAAGUUUGACUGAUAAUGCCUGAAAUAUUUACAUGCAAGCAAUGCACAUACGCCAGAGAGCCAUGUUUCCAUUCUUGGCAACAGCAGUCGACAAUAACAGAAAAACAACAACCACUGACAGUAGUAGGUGUUUUUUUUACUCACUUAUUGAUAAGGUACACUCAUAACAACAUCUUCACAUAAUUUAGUAGGCCUAGUUAUGAAGAGGGAACCAGGUGCAGCUUCACAUCAUUAUGAUGUCCAUUUAGUGAGGUUAGCUCCCUAGUCUACUCAUCAAGGUAACUUGGUGCGUGUAGUUAUUGAGUUAUUUUGCCAUAAUCACUACACAUUCUGAAGGAAACCUUCAGAAAAGUCCACUCAUCUCAGUUCUGAUUGUCUUCUCAAGGUGGGAACAUGGCUCUGUACAUGCACCUGUAUGACUGUGCAUGCCAUGCUCAGCUCAGCUGUCUAUCUGAGAGCUGCUGGAUGUCCUGCAUUAAAACAUCAAAUGUACAUAGUCAGAGAAUUACACUGUGUGCUGCAGCUGACACCGCCACCGCGUAGCCAGGCACCUUUACUUCUAAGAGUGUACUCAUGAAAGGUUUCAAAUAGGUACACCAAAAAUGGGGCCUCAAUCUAAGUAUUCACCGUUUUUCUUUAUUGUCACUUACACGGGAUAGAUGCAGUUAAAUGUGUUGUUUUACAGGGUCAGCCAUAGUAGUACGGUGAGUCUGGCGCAAAUUAGGCCGCAUUGACAGAUUUUUCACCUUGUCAGCUCAGGUAUUUUUCGGUUACUGGCCCAACGCUCUAACCGCAGGCUACCUGUCGCCCCAUUUUAACACCAGUAUACCUCAUUGGUGACAUCAGUUGCAUAUGAUAGAGUAAUAGUAACAUAUAAGGCAAUAGUCAAGAUAAACCAAACUGAUGUGCAACUCACAUAAGGUAUACAACCAUUAUCUCUGAGAGGAAGUGGGUUUAUGUUUGUAUAUAUGUGUGAGUUGUAUCUCAUGCUGCUCCUGUUACCCUGGUUACGUGUGCAGGUGGUGGUGAAUGCCUUGGUGGGAGCCAUCCCCUCCAUCAUGAACGUGCUGCUGGUGUGCCUCAUCUUCUGGCUCAUCUUCAGUAUCAUGGGGGUCAACCUGUUUGCAGGGAAGUAUUACUACUGCUUCAACGAGACCAUAGAGGAGAACUUUAAACCUGACGUCGUCAACAACAAGACGGAGUGCUUUGCACUAAUCAACGCAAAUUACAGUGAGGUCAGAUGGAAGAAUGUCAAAAUUAACUUUGACAAUGUGGCUGCAGGAUACCUGGCACUUCUUCAAGUGGUGAGUUCAAGGUCUUUCCUAUCAGUGUUUUGACUUUUAACUCCUUUGGCCGUAACCCCUCCCACUGUGGAGGUCAAAGUUGAAUGGACAUUGAAUGGUACUUAGACUGCAGGAGUCAAUUCUCAUAUUUUUCAGUCAAUGGCUUCCUAUUGUACCUCUAUCUCCUUUCAACACCUCAUCCUCAUUUUCCUCUCUUUCUGCUUUACCUUCAUUCUUCUUCCUCACUUUUCUUUCCCCUUUUUCUCAUGACACUAUAUAUCCCCUCUCUCACAGGCCACAUUUAAAGGCUGGAUGGACAUAAUGUAUGCGGCCAUUGAUUCACGGAAGGUAUGCCUGUCACUUGUAUGAGAUUUGUCUCCCUUUUGUUUGGUGGUUGGUAUUGUGUGAACAGAUGUAACGUGUUCCAGAAGAACCUACCAAUACUAACUUGUUGCGAAAGGGGCUUUUGAACCCACAACAGGCAAUGUAAUGAGGGACAAUUUGGAGCUUGAAUGUAUUUUUCCUGCUCUCUGUAGGUGGAGGACCAGCCGAUCUAUGAAGACAACAUCUACAUGUAUAUCUACUUUGUUGCCUUCAUCAUCUUUGGCUCUUUCUUUACCCUCAAUCUCUUCAUUGGUGUCAUCAUUGACAACUUUAACCAGCAAAAGAAAAAGAUAAGACCUAUUUUCCUUAUUCCAUGGACCUGUUGAUAAGAUAAAACUAGGUUAAGAACAAGUUCCCACAUUAUUUGGCUCAACAAGAUUGUAACCAGAUGUUUUCUUGUCUCCCUUUACUUUGGAGGUCAGGAUAUAUUCAUGACAGAAGAGCAGAAGAAAUACCACACUGCCAUGAAAAAACUUGGCUCAAAAAAACCACAAAAACCUAUUCCGAGACCACUGGUAAGUCUCUUCCUAUGGUUCCUUUAGCCCAAGGGAUACUUUGGGGGAGGGGUAAAUUAGGAGUUCUCAUUAAGGUAACAUUCAAAAGACAUUUCGAAAACUAAACUUUACUAACCAACAGACCUUUCAGAAUGUACCCUAACAAAAUGUGUCUUGCUUUCAUUUGUUGAAUCUACUAACGUCUCUUUAUCCAUCCUCCAUCAUUUUUUAUAUUUUCUCUCAGAAUAACUUUCAGGGCCUGGUAUUUGACUUCGUGACGCAGCAGGUCUUUGAUAUAUCUAUUAUGAUGUUGAUCUGCCUCAACAUGGUGACCAUGAUGGUGGAGACGGACGAUCAGUCAGAAGAAACUGACAAUAUUCUCUACUGGGUCAACUUCGUCUUCAUCGUUGCCUUUACUACCGAGUUUGUGUUGAAGCUCUUUGCCCUUCGCCACUACUACUUCACCAUUGGGUGGAACAUCUUUGACGUGGUCGUGGUCAUUCUCUCAAUUGUUGGUCAGUGGUGAUUUUAUCCCUUUCCUCCUACAUGCAGUUUGCCUAUUGUCUUCUAUGCCUGGUAUUUGUUUGUUGGCCUCCUCUGUAGCUCAGUUGGUAGAGCAUGGCGCUUGCAACGCCAGGGUUGUGGGUUCGAUUCCCAUGGGGGGGCCAGUAUUGAAAAAUGUAUGCACUCACUAACUGUAAGUUGCUCUGGAUAAGAGCAUCUGCUAAAAUGUAAAUGUAUUUGAGUGCUAGAACUUGAGUUGCUGUUUUAAUUACUAGAAAUGGGUUGCUCUAUUUUCUAUCAAAAAUAAUCUGUGUAGAUGUAUCACAUUAUUAUGGAAUUUAAGGCUUGGGAAAGUGAGAUCGUGUUAACAUCUCCCCCUAGUGGCCCAACAGUCACAGGACAGUUUGUAUUAUUAUUAUUUUAAAAUAGGUUAUGGAUUUAAGGAAACAUUGUAAAAUUAUUGCAGAACAUACCAGCAAUCAUACAUUUCUCCCUAUCCUCGUCUCUGUCUGCUUCUCUAUCCAGGCAUGUUCCUCGCAGACAUCAUCGAGAAGUACUUUGUCUCUCCAACCCUCUUCAGGGUGAUCCGACUGGCUCGAAUCGGCAGAAUCCUGCGUCUGAUCAAAGGGGCCAAGGGCAUUCGGACUCUACUGUUUGCCCUGAUGAUGUCCCUUCCUGCCCUGUUCAAUAUCGGGUUGUUACUCUUCCUGGUUAUGUUCAUCUUCUCUAUUUUUGGCAUGUCUAACUUUGGCUAUGUCAAGCAUGGGGCAGGAAUCGACGACAUGUACAACUUUGAGACAUUUGGCAACAGCAUGAUCUGCCUGUUUAUGAUCACCACAUCUGCCGGCUGGGACGGUUUGUUGUUACCCAUUCUCAACUACCCCCCAGACUGCGACCCACAACUGGAGAACCCAGGUGCACCAAAUACAGGCGACUGCGGCAACCCCUCCGUAGGGAUUUUCUUCUUUGUCAUGUACAUUAUUGUCUCCUUCCUAAUCGUGGUCAACAUGUACAUUGCCAUUAUCCUUGAGAACUUCGGUGUCGCGACUGAAGAGAGUGCUGACCCGCUCAGCGAAGACGACUUCACGACCUUCUACGAAAUAUGGGAGAAGUUCGACCCAGACGCCUCGCAGUUCAUCACCUAUGGCAAGCUUGGUGACUUUGCAGACUACCUCGAGCACCCGCUCCGUGUUCCAAAGCCCAACACCAUAGAGCUGAUCUCCAUGGACUUGCCCAUGGUGAGCGGGGACCGGAUCCACUGCCUCGACAUUCUGUUUGCAUUCACCAAGCGGGUACUAGGCGAUACCGGAGAGCUGGACAUGCUGAGGGAUCAAAUGGAACAGCGCUUUAUUGCAGCGAACCCGUCCAAAGUGUCUUAUGAGCCCAUUACCACUACUCUGAGGCGCAAGCAGGAGGACGUGUCGGCCAAAAUCAUCCAGCAGGCCUACCGAAACUACCUGGCUAGACGUGGCUUCAAAUGCAAGCGCAGACCGGCCAAUAACAAUAACGUAAAGAAUGGGGGGACGAAUCCGGAAAAGGAAAAGAAGGAGAGCACGCCCUCCACUGCCUCUCUCCCCUCCUAUGACAGUGUCACCAAACCUGACAAGGAAAAACAGGAUGAGAACGAAGGAAAGGCAGGGAGGAAGGAGAAGGGCAGAAACCAAAAAGCCGUCAGGGAAUCUAAGUGUUAG